CGGAGAGCCUUCAAGAAGCAGACGCCCAUUUCUCCCUGGCUGGGCUUCUUUGAUUCUCAUUCUUCAAAGUCUUGCAACAAGCUGACCUUUCUGCCCUCUGGUUGGUGAAUUGGAUUUGGCUGGGAAGGAAACGGCUCAAUGGUUAGAGCACAGACCAGGAGGCCAGGCAGAGCUGUCCUCAGUUCUGCCACUUACUUCCUCUAUGAUCUUGGACGCUGCCAUCGCCCAUGCUGGGGAGAAGGAAAGGAGGGGCCGGGGCCGGAGGUCAUCUCUCCCACCCGCUGUUGGGCACAGGCAACAUGUGAUGCUGGAGGAGCGCUGGAAUGAUAUGGAAUGUGGGCAGCUGUCUUCAGACACCCUCCGACAGGUGAAGAUCCAGCGUGAUGCCCUCUACGGAUUUGGCUUUGUGGCUGGCAGCGAGAGGCCGGUGGUGGUUCGCUCUGUGACUCCAGGUGGGCCCUCAGAAGACAAGCUCCUGCCGGGGGACCAGAUCUUGGCCAUAAACCAUGAAGAUGUGAGCGACGUCCCCAGAGAGAGAUUCAUAGAACUUGUGAGAGGUGCCAAGGAGUCUGUUCUCCUCACCGUCCUGCAGACCCACCAGUCCCCGAAGUCAGCCUUCAUCAGUGCGGCCAAAAAGGCAAAGCUGAGGUCCAAUCCUGUGAAGGUGCGCUUUUCAGAACAGGUCACCAUUGGCGAGACCGAUCCAGACAUGCUGAAGAAGGAGGCCCUGCUCCUCAUCCCUAACGUCCUGAAAGUCUUCCUGGAGAAUGGGCAGAUCAAGUCAUUCACAUUUGAUGGCCGAACCACUGUCAAGGAUGUGAUGAUGACGCUACAGGACCGCCUGUCCCUAAGACACAUAGAGCAUUUUUCCCUGGUCUUAGAGUACUCCAGCCCUGAACAGAGCCACAAGUUCCUUCUCCUGCAGGACAAGCAACCACUUGCUCACGUGGUGCAACGGACCCACUACCAAGGGAUGCGGUGUCUCUUCCGGGUGAGCUUCUUCCCCAAAGAGCCUCUGGAGCUGCUGCGAAGGGACCCAGCAGCCUUUGAGUACCUGUACAUCCAGAGCCGCAACGAUGUGAUCCGGGAGCGAUUUGGGAUGGAGCCCAAGCCAGAGAUGCUGCUCGGCCUGACCGCCCUCCACAUUUUCAUCACAGUCUCUGCCACGCGGCCCAGCCAGAAGGUCUCCCUCAAAAAUGUCGAGAAGGAGUGGGGGCUGGAGCCCUUCCUGCCCCCUUCGCUGCUCCAGGGCAUCAAAGACAAGAGUCUGCGCAAGUCUCUCUCCCAGCAGCUCAAGGCGCACCAGAACCAGCCAUGUGGCACCAAGGUCUCCACCACCCAAACAAAGCUCCAGUACCUGCGCAUCCUGAAUGAACUGCCCACCUUCGCUGGCGUCCUCUUCAACACUGUGGGAUUGGAUGAGAAGCAGCCAGCCACUACCCUUCUUGUGGGACCCCGCCAUGGCAUCAGCCACGUCAUCGACCUGAAGACCAACCUCACCACUGUGCUGUCUGAGUUCAGCAAAGUCAGCAAGAUUCAGCUGUUCAGGGAGAACCAGGGGGUGGCCCGUGUGGAAACCAGCAUCCUGGAUGCCAAGCCGCUGGUGCUUCUGAUGGAGUGGCCCGAGGCCACCAACUUUGCCUGCCUGAUUGCCGGCUACUGCCGCCUUCUGGUGGACUCCAAGAGGAUGAUCUUCGCCCGCCCCCCUACCCAGCCGCCGCCGCCGCCGCCGCCUCCAAUUUUCAAGGCAGAUUACACCAACGUGCCCGCCAGCCAUCGGGCUCCUGCCACGGGGCACCCGGGAAAGAAAGAGAGCGGGCUCCUGGGUGGCCCUGCCCCCGGCGCCAGGGAGUGCUCCCCCCGAGACCCCCUGGUCCCGGACUCGGACCUCGUCAGCUUUUGCUACCUGCACAUGCGGGAGCGGCGCAAGGAGCACACGGGCCGGCCGGACGUCAAUGAAAACCUGAUCUUCUUGGAGGAGACUCGGCCGCGCACCAAAUCGGACCCCACCCCCAAGAGCUCCAGGCACGAGUGCCACGGGGCCCUCCCGGGCCAUGACCCGGGCAAGGGCCUGGACCGGGAGCACUGCCGGGCCAGCCGGGCCAGGGCCCACACCAUGGACAGCCACGGGAGGAGCCGCUCCGCCCAGGUCUAUUGCGACUCGUGCCAGUCCAAGGUCCAGGCCAGGCCGGCGGCCCCUCACAGGGGGGGUAACCCCACCGCCGCCUCCGCCUCCUCCCGAGACCACAACGUGGUGGACCUGACCUCCCUUCCCCCGCCGGGGAGCGACGAGGAAGAGGACGAGACCACCGCUCUGCUGCCGGCCAUCGCGGCUCCCCCGCCGGGCUUCCGGGACAGCUCCGACGAGGACGACUGUAAGCGCCGUGUGGCGGCGGCAGCUGCAGUGGCGGCGGCGGCGGCAGCCCAGGGCCAAGAGCAUCCCCUCUGCAGCCUCCUCUACGACGAGGUCCCCGUGACGCUCAUAGACAGUAUGCAAACGAGGACGGUCCGAGACCACGCCCAGGACCUGGACGAUGCCCUCGUCUCAACCCUGCAGGCCUUGGAGGCUUUGGCUGCCUCGGAAGACGGCCCACACCCACCUCCUCAGCAGACCACAGGGCUGAUUGUUCUGGCAGCCAUCACCCCAGAGUCUUCGCAGGACUCCGGCCACGAAACCAGCUAUUCAGAGAUCACGGACGUCUCAGAGAUGAUCUCGGCCAUGAAGCAGCACCAGAACGCCGCGCUCUUCCUGGCCCAGCAUAUCAAUAAGGACAGCCUGCUGGCCCGGAAGGACCACCCCUUCCGCCUCCAAGGCUGCGUCGCGCCAGCCGUCCUCGCCUCGCCUUAUGCCCUGCGGCAUCCUGAGCACAACCGCUCCCCCAAGCCGGCCACGGCCAGCCAGAACUCCAGCCCGCGCUGUGGCAGGAACGAGCCGGACCCUCGCCAGCCGGGUGGCCCAGGCGACCUCUUGCCUCUCCAUCUGGUGGCCUCCCAGCCGCUCAGCGAGCCCAAGGACAAAGGUGGGCCAAGACUGGCGGCCGAGCCCAAGAGCACCCGCCCCCACCUCGCAGUUCUGGAGGUGUCCCCGCGGCCUGCCCCUGCCACGACCACCCUCAGCAACGAACCGGUGCAGGGGUGGCUGGACAAGAGACCGGUGGAGGUCCUUCCGAGCCCCAAGUUAGUCCUGAAUUCCCAGGGCCGGAUCACGCCUGCCAUCGUUCCAGCAGCCCUGCAGCAAGCACUUGGCCGCACCGCCUCCCUUUCCCUGUCAGAAAGCCUGGGCGAAACCGCCACAGGAAAUGAGGGCGGCAGGCAAGCCGCGGGUGACCCGGGUGGCCUUCCCGGGUGGCCACCCGGGAGUCCACCCAGCCCUGGCUCCCAAGGGCCUCCAAAGCAGCGCGGCCAGGCCUCCUCGCAGCCUCUCGGGGCACACACUCAGGCCUCAGGAGGGGAGGAAAGGCAGGCGCCCAGGAGAAAGCGGGAGGCCCCAGAGAGGCCGGCAGGGAAGGAGGGGGAGCCCGUCCAGAAGGGCAGCAGGGAGGCGGCUGGCCCAGGCUGCCAGCCGCAGGCUGCCCUCCCUGGCCAAGCAGAAAGGGGGCAGCCGCACGAAUCGCGGGCCAGAGACUUCAAGGCCGAGGGCUCAGCCGCCAGGGGUGGCAGCGCCUUUUGGGGCUCUGGAGGUGAGGACCCCAAGGGGCCGGUCCAGCCGGGGCCCUGGGCCGAGGGCCUGGCUGCCCCCUCCGUGCCUUCAAAGACCCCCGAGAGGGUCGUGGAGGUCUCCGCCCUCGAGCCCGACCUCCCAGCAAAGCCGAGAGUGCCCAAGGCCUCCUUCCGCCUGCGGAACCUUUUCUCCGCCACCUUCCCCACCAGGCUGAAGAAAGAGAUGGACGAGCGGCAGGCGCAGCUGCAGAAGGUGAAGCAGUAUGAGCUGGAGUUCCUGGAAGAGCUGCUCAAGCCCAGGGCCCGGGGGGAGCCCCCGCCACCCCCAGCGGAGCACCUGCUCCCCUCGGCCCCGGGGGCGCUCUGCGCUUGCCAGCUGAGAACCAGCCCCCUGCAGAAAGUGCCUGGCGUCUCCCGGGAGCAGAGGCGCAGCUGUGACUGCAAAAGGCUGAGCCGAGGGGCCCGGCCGGCCGCCAGCCAGAGGGCCUCACCCGAACGGCGAGGGAGGGAGAAGACCCCCAAGCCGCCAGGGGGGGAGGCCCUCAGCGGUGCCGGCGCCAAGAGCCCUGCCAGAGGCCGCCGGGUCCGGUCCACGAGCUUGGAGUCCAGGGACUGCCGCUCGGAGCCCGACCGGGGCUCCUCGUGCCUGGCCACCUGCGCUUCACGAGGGGAGUGCCUGGGGGCGCCGCACUACCGGAAGCUGAUGCGGCGCUACAGUGUCGGGGAAGUCGACAAGGGGGAGCCACCACCUCUGGCCCCUGACGUCUACCGGAGCCCCUCUCCUGCCCAGCCCGCCUCCUUACAGCAGGAGAGCAAAGCCCCUCUUCAGGCACCUCCGCCCCAUGAGGCCUCGGCCGCCUGGGGGGCAGAACCCUCCUACGUCCAAGUGGCAACGCAGGAGAGACACAGCCAGAAGGACCGCAGCAGCACCUUCCCUGUCCAAGAGGACGUGUACCCAAGCCACGCUGAGCUGCCAGAGAAGGAGGAAGAGGAGGAGGAGGAGGAAGGCGAGCAGUGCUGUUCUAUCCGGUACUGCUUCUACUACCGCAAGUGCGACAUGGUGGACGACGGCAGCGAGAAGGACGAGCUCUCGUACUCCAUCCCCAUGCAGAUCCUGCCCGGCAUGAAGCUGGACAGCCAGGCCAUCCCUGUUGUCAGCCGGACGCUCCAGGUCCUGGACGCCACGGCCUGCAGCAGCCCGGACAACAACCAGACCCAGGAGAUAGACCUGCGGACCUCCACCUUCGAGGGCAGCUUGGCCAAGAUCCACGCCCUGAAAGGCCGCGCCUAUGCCAUGCCGGACGGCUUCUUGGCCGUGCAGCUGGACACCAGCGAGCUCCUGACAGUCCUGCGGCAGUGUGUCGUCAACCCCGAGGUGCAGGAGGGCAAACCUUACCUCCCACAGCUCAUCGAAUACAAGCAGGAGCUGGCCCUCCGGUUUAAGGAGUUCCGAGCCUCCUGCCGCAGAGUCGCUGCGGUGGACAAGAGCCCCACCCGCAUGCUCUCGGCCAUCACAAGCAGCUUCCACGUGCUGGGCAACUUGAUCGAGACGUUUGUGAGGCUGGUGUACGUGGUGCGGUCAGAGUCUCAGCGCCAGGCGCUGCUCGCCAAAGUGGAAGAGGUGGUGAGGAACUACACUUUUCUGCUGCGGGCAGCUGAGGAGUCCACAGCCAGAACAGCCGGUCACAGAGGGGAGCAAGCGGUUGAGCCGCUGGGCCGCCCGUCGGUGGCCUCUGUCAUGAGCACGCUCACACGCUCCUUGAAGACGCUGAUGACUAAGUAAGGUGGCCAAGGCACCGUGCGCCUGAGCUUCUGUAUGCAACAUGGUUUGUAGCUGGGACCAAGUCUGUCGGGUCAGCUGUUGGCAUCCAGCCCUGCCCGCUGCCCAUCAAGGAUGGGGGGGGAACCCCUCACCACACAAGCUCAGUCUUGCCUUCUCUGAUGAAGGCAGCGAUUCUGGCUUUGUGGUGAUUCUACUAGACAUGUCUGGAUGCAUAACGCAAGACAUGAGGCUCUGGCUUGUGCUCUGUCUAGAGGGGUGUCUGAAAUCACCCAAGUAUAACCAACAGAUGUGGCCAUGAGCAGGCCAAAUCCUGCAGCCACAUGAUGGCCAGAUUUCUAGUUCCAAGCCAGUUGGACACAGCUGAAGGAAAAGAGGGAGUGUUGGGGUGGAGAAUUGGCCUCUCCAAAGGGUCCGGUUCAGUGUCUGAGCAAGUCAAAGGCCUGUCCCUCUUAGCUGAGUAACAAAGCCCACGCCCCAGAAAGCACAGCAGGUUGGAUUCAGGGCUACCAUCUCCUAAGCAUUUCCAAGGCUUGCAGCUUCAACACCAUUCCAGGCAUAAAUGUCCCCUCCAGUGGUAGCUCAGUGCAACGGCAGGAGUCCAUCUGUGAGGCAGGGAGGCCUCAGCGACUCAAUCUGAAGUGUCACAGCUGGUUUGGGCCCAUUGGGCAGGAUGUGGUGCCAGCACCCAUGUUUGCACUGCUACCUUGUGCCAGGGAGAAGAAGCAUGUUCUUGCAAACGGUGUACUACUUCUUCCACUGGGCUGCCUGUGGAUCUAGAGAGAAAUGUCCUUGAGUCCCGGAUUCCUUUCCUGACUGAAUGUAUCGAGACCGUGGUGCCUCAAAGGCCUGCCUUUCAUUUCUUGACCCACCAAAGGUAACCAGGUAGAGCACUUGGCGUGCAGCAUGCCCUGCUCCCCAAAACAGGGCUGGGAGGGGGAGUGGAUUCCUCGUGCUCGCUGACGGCCUUGAACCACUGCUGCCUCCAGGCCACUGUGAGCAUACCAGCAGAGUGCGCCCAUAUCGCAAGGAAGGAUCCUGGAGUUUCUCUCUGGAGCGCCUGCACGGAGCCCCACAAAGCUGUCCCUCAGGCAGGCAGGCAGGUGGAGGCACGCAGUUGCUUAAGGAGCACCCCUGCAUACUGUGGAAGAUCAAGAAUCAACUACAUCUCCCCUCACAGUGGAUUAGUUUUCUGUUUGGGUUUGAAUUUUUAAAAAAACCAUAGGGUGCCCUUGCAUCACUUCCUGCCUCAGCCCCCCCCCCCCAAUAUCACCAAAAGACUAAUACCAGAGAUGCACACUGUGCUUUUAAAUACACCUCCUCCCGUGGGUACAACAUGCUGUUAGGCCCAUGGUGGCCCUAAGAGCCAGUCUGGUGUCCACAUAGGAGAAGUCUCUUACCCCAAACCCCAUGGGGUUAGAGAGGUUCCUUCCUGAUCCAUUGCUGCCAAGGAGCUCGUGGGCGGUGGCGGGGGGGGGUUCUUCCUUUCCUGUGGCCACCUCCCUGUAAGCCCCCCUCUGAGGAACAUGGAGGAGCCUUUUUUUAAAAAAAAAAUUGUAUAUAGUAUACAUA